UCUAACGAACGAGGGACCGAAACGAAUCCUAUACAGUAUCCUCCACAGGCUCAAAAGAGGGGGGUUUAGGCGUAAUAUAAAACCCCACUGGAAUCGGCAUUAUACGGUCCUCUUUUGAGCGCCACACCCUCCUUUAUCUGCUUCCAAUGGCUUCCACACUCCCUCCUCAUUCUGCAAUUCUUCUCAAGGGUAACCUGCACAACCCAAUUCAUCGCCAGAGAUACGUCUCCUUGUAUCCAACAGGCACAUAUCAUUUGACAUGGGAAGCUCUUCCUCAAUGCAAAGCCACACACCAACGAUACGUGAUACCCUUGAGAAGGGGUAAAACUGUAAAAUCAGUGGCAAGUCCUGUUACAGCACCAUUACCAGCAGACGGUGAACAGCAGAGGAAAGAAUUGUGUGAAAGUUACGGGUUUAGGCAAAUCGGAGAACCACUCCCUGAUGACGUAACCUUAAAAAACAUUAUCGAUACUCUUCCCAAAACGGUUUUCGAGAUAGACGACACUAAAGCAUGGAAGUCGGUUUUGAUAUCCGCAACAUCAUAUGCAUUGGGGCUUUUCAUGAUCUCCAAAUCUCCGUGGUAUCUUCUUCCAUUGGCCUGGGCAUGGACGGGAACGGCAGUUACAGGGUUUUUUGUAAUAGGUCAUGAUUGUGCACACAAAUCUUUCUCGAAGAACAAACUGUUGGAAGAUAUUGUUGGAACUUUAUCCUUCUUGCCAUUAAUAUACCCCUAUGAACCAUGGCGCUUCAAACAUGACCGGCAUCAUGCAAAAACCAACAUGUUGAAUGAAGAUACAGCUUGGCACCCCGUUAUGAAAACACAUUUUGAUGAAUCCCCGAUUUUCCAGAAGGCAAUCGUAUUCGGAUAUGGUCCUAUUCGCCCCAUCAUGUCUAUAUCACACUGGUUAAUCUGGCAUUUUAAUCUGAACAAGUUUAGACCUAGUGAAAUCGGAAGAGUAAAGAUCAGCCUUGCUUGUGUUUUUGCGUUCAUGGCAAUCGGGUGGCCGUUAAUUAUAUACAAGACAGGGAUAGUUGGAUGGAUAAAAUUCUGGUUAAUGCCGUGGCUGGGCUAUCAUUUUUGGAUGAGCACUUUCACUAUGGUUCACCACACUGCACCUCACAUACCUUUCAAAUCUUCGGAGGAUUGGAAUGCGGCCCAAGCCCAACUUAAUGGGACCGUACACUGUGAUUAUCCUCGCUGGAUAGAGAUUCUAUGCCAUGAUAUCAAUGUUCAUAUACCUCACCAUGUUUCCUCAAAGAUUCCAAGCUACAAUCUUCGGGCUGCUCAUAAAUCCCUUCAAGAGAAUUGGGGAAAAUAUUUAAACGAGGCAUCAUGGAACUGGCGUUUAAUGAAGACGAUAUUGACAAUAUGCCAUGUGUACAAUGAGGACAGAAAUUACAUCUCAUUCGAAGAGGUUGCUCCCGAGAUAUCCAGCCCUAUUACAUUUCUUAAAAGGGUAAUGCCCGAUUAUGCAUAAUACAUUUACCCUUUCUUUAUUUAAAUUACUAAUCAUUAGUUGUCACUUAUUUAUUUCGCUUUUUAUACGUCACAAGUAGACUAUUUUCUCUUUGUGAUUCAAUAUCCGAUAUUUUAUAUUUUGAUUAUUGUUUUGCUUAUUAAA